UUCAUAUAUACAUUUAUAUAUUAUUCAAAUUUUUUUCAUGAAUUUUCCUCUCUAAUGAGACUAACAACAAACAGAAUAACCAUUACUACAACCAGAAAAUGGAUGAGAGAAAAUGUGUGGUUAUUGUGUGGUUAUUCUUUAAUGGCUAACAAAAGACCGGCGGGCGGUCCUUCCAUUCUAAAAUAUAACCCAUCUAUAAAAAUACUAGUAACCCUUUCUCUCCCCCUUUUUUCUACAAAAUUGUGAAAAAGCUAACGGCAAAUAAGAGAACCCGUUCCUUUCUUUAUUUGGAUAUUCAAAAACCAAAUCCUCUUAUUUAAAAAAUCCUUUCUCUCUCUGACCCAAAGCUCUGACCACUUGGGUGCAGUUAAAUCCCUUUC